AUGUCUCUACACCCCACCCCUGUUCCUCGCGCUGAGGCCGUGUGGGAACGCAGACAGGACCCUUUCGGAAGCUUACUGAGCAGCCUCAGCCUUUUCGGACCGGGCAACACGGACUCGAUCGUUUCCUCCGCCACCUUCCCCACCACCAGCUCCACCCCCACCACUUCUUCCAGCUCCAUCCGAACUACGUCCUCGUCCCGCUCCACUUCCAACGGUUUGCCCACUCCGGUAGCCUCCACCCCAACCACCACCUCCACCUCGUCUUCCACCUCUUCCUCCACCUCGAGCACUCCCACCUCUACCACCUCCUCUACCUCGGCGUCCAGCACCGUCAUCACCACCUCCUCGCCCUCCACCCUCGUCACCACCUCCAACUUUGUCUCGGGCACCAGCACCUCACAGGUCGUCGUCACAACCGUCGUAACGCCCGUAGUCACCACCACCGCCGCGCCCAACCGUUCCAACUCGAACCGCUCCAGCUCCAAUGGCGCGCUCAUCGGCGGUGUCGUGGGCGGCGUCGUUGGCGGCCUCGCUCUCCUUGCACUCAUCAUCACCAUCUGCAUCAUGGCCAGCAGGCGCAGAUCCCGCACGGGCCACGCCUACUUCCUUUGCUUCGGCGAGCGUCCUUCACGCGCCGCAAAGGGCGAUCUUGGUCACAGCGGUGGCGCUUGGCCCACCUUUGACCCCAAGGACGAUUACGGAGGACCCGGCUUCGCGGCCGGCGCGGCUGGUGCCGGUGCUGCUGCCGGUGCCGCUGCUAGCUCGAGGAAUCGCCGUCGCCGUCGAGAGCACACCAACGCUACGCUCCCUGCACAGUUCGCCAACGAGGACGACCCGGAGAGCUACGCAUACUCGGGUUCCAACGCCCACGGCGCCUACGGCGGCAACGGCGGCAACUACGACGGAUACGACGCCUACAAUGCCUACGGUACCUCGGGCCAUCCCGACAUGCAGGAGCACGGCCGUGGUGCUGCAGGUGCGCUUGCUGCGGGUGCAGCUGCCGGAGGCGCCGGUGCUUACCUGUACAACAACGCGAGCCCCAGCAACGGUCAUCACCGCCGCUCCUCGGCCGGUCACCCAUCCUACGGUACCGCACAGGACGCAUACACGACCGGCAACAUGUCGCCUCAUGCGACCACAAGCAACGAGAACGUGCCCGCGCCUUGGACGCUGCCCAUGAUGGGCUGGCAGGACACUCACGGGCCAUAUUCGGUCGCCGGUGUUGGCCAGAAUCUCGCCGGCGCGCCCCCGCAGGCACGAUUCAUGGUCUCGCCAUCCGAAGCCAACGUUGCUGCGGCGGCGGCUGCCAACGCUUCGCCCGCGCGCUCACCCGGUCCCGACUACAGCCACUUUGACCCUCCCGAGGUGCGUGACGCUCGUGCGCGUGAAGCGGCGGCUGCUGCUCUGGCUCGCGGCAGCUUCUCCACGUCUCACAGCCACAACAACUCGAUUCCCACCGGCCCCACCUCGCCUCGUAGACAGAGCCGUCGUCUGUCGUCCAACCACGGAAGCCCCGUCAACGACAACAUUGGGCUGGUAGGAGGUCUGGCCCCGCCUGCCUAUGUCGAUGCGCAGGACGAUAUGGAGGAGGUGGCAGACCAGCCGCGCAGGUUGCACUUGACCAAUGCAGAGCCCGACAACACGGACGACGACAGCUCAAGGGGCGGUCCCAGCCGUCGAUACAACCACAACCACAAGGACGCUCCCCCCGCCGCCACAUACCGACAGAACUAA